AUGAAGGAGAGGGGCCAGUGGAGUAACAAGCUGGAGUUUGUGCUGUCUGUGGCCGGGGAGAUCAUUGGGCUGGGCAAUGUGUGGCGUUUCCCCUACCUGUGCUACAAAAAUGGAGGAGGUGCAUUCUUCAUCCCGUACCUCAUCUUCCUCUUCACCUGUGGGAUACCUGUGUUCUUCCUGGAGACGUCCCUGGGGCAGUUCACCAGUGAGGGAGGCGUCACUUGCUGGAGAAAGAUCAGCCCAUUGUUUGAAGGAAUUGGCUAUGCCACACAAGUCAUUGUGACCCUGCUGAAUUUCUACUACAUCAUCGUUCUGGCCUGGGCGAUUUACUACCUGAGUUUCUCUUUCUCGUGGGAACUCCCAUGGUCUUCCUGCAACAACACCUGGAACACAGAAUCGUGUGUGGAGUUUCAGCGGGGAAGUGAUUCAGUCAACUACACCUAUCCGCAAAACGCCUCAUCCCCCGUCAUUGAAUUCUGGGAGCGGAGGGUCCUGAGGAUCUCCCCAGGGAUCGAGCACAUGGGCAUGCUGCACUGGGACCUGGCCAUCUGCCUCCUCAUCGCCUGGGUCAUGUGCUACUUCUGCAUCUGGAAGGGGGUCAAGUCCACAGGAAAGGUGGUGUAUUUCACUGCUACCUUCCCCUACGUCAUGCUGAUCGUCCUGCUGAUCCGUGGGGUCACCUUGCCUGGGGCUAGCAAGGGGAUCCAGUUCUACCUGUACCCUGACCUGGGCCGCCUGGCUGACCCACAGGUGUGGAUGGACGCAGGUACCCAGAUCUUCUUCUCCUAUGCCAUCUGCCUGGGGUGUCUUACAGCACUGGGGAGUUACAAUAAGUUCAACAACAACUGCUACAGCGGGACGAGCUUCGUAGCCGGGUUCGCCAUCUUCUCCAUCCUGGGCUUCAUGUCUUACGAACAGAACGUGCCCAUCUCUGAGGUCGCAGAAUCUGGUCCCGGUCUGGCCUUCAUCGCUUACCCCCGUGCUGUGGCCAUGAUGCCCAUCCCUCCUCUCUGGGCCUGUUUCUUCUUCCUUAUGAUUGUGGUCCUGGGACUGGACAGCCAGUUUGUCUGUGUGGAGAGCCUGGUGACAGCUGUGGUGGACAUGUACCCUUCUGUCUUCCGCCGGGACAACCGCAGAGAGCUUUUCAUCCUGGCUGUGGCCGUUGUGUCCUAUCUCAUGGGUCUCAUCAUGCUGACGGAGGGUGGGAUGUACAUCUUCCAGCUCUUUGAUUACUAUGCUGCCAGUGGGAUGUGUCUGCUGUUUGUGGCUAUUUUUGAAACUGUCUGCAUUGCCUGGGUUUAUGGUGCUGACAGGUACUAUGACAACAUUGAAGAUAUGAUUGGCUACCGCCCUGGACCUCUGAUGAAAUACUGCUGGCUGUUUUUCACACCUGCUACCUGCAUUGGGACCUUUGCAUUCUCCCUCAUCAAGUACACUCCUCUGAAGUAUAAUAAUGAGUAUGUGUACCCGUGGUGGGGCUACGUCCUGGGGUGGUUCCUCGCUCUCUCCUCAAUGAUCUGCAUCCCUCUCUGGAUCGUCUUCAAAAUGUGCACCACCAAGGGAACCCUGAGAGAGCGGUUCCAUCUCCUCUGCAAAUCCUCCAGUGACUUACCCAAAACCAGGAGGGAGCAGGAGCAGCUGCUGGCCAUCUUCGCCCCCGACACCGAUGGACUUCAGCAGCAACGCCUGCCCAGCAAAGACGGCUACCUCGCAGACUGCAAGAAGAGCUCCGUGUGCUAGAGCCGAGAUACUAGUCCAGUCACCCGCCGUUUGUCAUUCCUGGAUAUGUCCGCAGUUUGCUUCCUCUCAUUCUCAAUG